UUUCGAUGCUAAAUAUUUGAAAGGCCCAGAAUGGUGGGUUGGAAAGCAAUCUCAUUGUAAUUGGAAUGGACGGAGCAAUUUUAAAGACAGUUACCUUCAAUCUUUUGUUGGCUCUUUCAAUCUGCAGCGUUCUGCAUGCACAACCAGAAUUCAUCAGCCUGGACUGUGGCGCAGUAGGUCGAUCUAAUGAUGCACGUGGCAUUGGCUGGACCUCAGAUGAACAAUACAUUAAUUCAGGUGAAAAAAGAAGCAUUUUGACUGAUCAGUCAGAGGUGGACCAGCCAUUUAAAACUCUUCGCUGUUUUUCUCAAGGCAAGCGAAAUUGCUACAAUUUACCUGCUGUGCGGGGAAGAAAAUACUUAAUCCGCGCGUGUUUCUUAUAUGGUAACUAUGAUGGCCGUGAGUCACAACCACAAUUUGAAUUGCUGGUUGACGCCAAUUUAUGGGCCACUGUUGUAAUAAACAAUAGUACCAAGACCUUUUGCAACGGAAUAAACGCCAUGGCAAGAGGUCCCUCCAUUAAUGUGUGUCUUGCUCGCAGUACGGAUGAUGUUCCUUUCAUUUCAACCUUGGAAUUUCGCCUGCUCAUGCCGGCUAUGUAUGAGGUUGUAGGACAAUAUCUCUCUUUAAUGGGCAGAGAACACAUGGAUUAUGGAAAAUUGUCAGAAUCCCCUAUUAUAAGAUAUCCAGAUGAUGAAUUUGAUAGGCUAUGGGUCAUGGGAGAAAUAUAUGAUACGGAUUAUAGGAACACCACAAAUUCCAUUCCUUCCAUUCCUUCAACAGAGGAGUUCCGAAUACCAUCAGCUGUGUUAGAAACCGCCUUGGUGAGCAGCAACAAGAGCGUGGGAAAUAUUAGAUGGAAUUGGAAUGUUCCAGAAAUUGGUGAAUACUAUUUUGUGAUGUGCUUUGCUGAAGUAGAACAACUUGACGUUAAUGCAAUAAGGGAGUUCAAUAUAAGUAUCAAUGGAUAUUCAUACCAGUCUACUGUUACAUUAGAUAGCUACCUCGAUUCGAUUUUCGUCAAGUAUGGACCCAUCAACGCUGAUAGCUUGGAAAAUGUCCAAUUUUCUCUUGAUCCUACCAAUCGAUCGAGCGUGGGUGCAAUUAUUAAUGCCUUGGAUAUCUACCAAUAUAGGAGGCUACCCAACAAUGGAACUAAAAGUGAAGAUGUGAAUGCCAUUGCUGACAUUGUGAGGCACUUCAAUCUGGAGAAAGAGUGGAUGGGUGAUCCGUGUCUUCCACAGAAAUAUAGUUGGGAUUGGGUGGAUUGCAAUCAAGACUCCUCACCAAGGAUUAUUGCAGUGAAUUUGACAGACAAUGACUUAAACGGAUCAGUGCCAAUUGGUCUGUCUGAACAAAAGCAACGUGGAAAACUUUUUUUGAGUGUUGAUGGCAAUGAAAAACUUUGCCAAGUAGGCAUUUGCAAGGAUGGCCGAAAAGGAAAGAGUAGCAAAACACUAUUUGUUUGGUUAAUAGUGGCAGGAAUUGCAAUACUUAUAUCCUUUACUGCAAUAUUAAUCUUUAUAAAAAUUAAAUCAAGCAGAAAAAUUCGAAAAGGGAAAACUGAAACAGGACAUUUAAAUCUUGACAAUUUUGAUGGAUGUCGACCAUUCAGUUUCAUAGAGAUAAGAGCUAUGACUAGCAACUUUCAGAGGGAGAUUGGAAAAGGAGGAUAUGGAUCUGUUUAUCUUGGUUGUCUUCAAGACAAGGAUGUGGCCGUCAAAAUCUUGUCUGAUAAAUCACAUCAGGAUGCCAUACAGUUUUCCACAGAGGUAGAAAUUCUCUACAAAUUACACCAUAAGAAUCUCAUAAAAUUUAUGGGUUACUGCGAAGAGGAACAAAAUUUGGUUCUUGUAUAUGAAUACAUGUCCAAUGGAGACCUGCGACAUUUUCUUGAUGGUCAAACUUCUUCAAGAAAUUAUCUAGGCUGGGAAAGAAGACUCAACAUUGCAUUAGAUGCUGCUCAAGGAUUGGAAUAUCUACAUGUAGGAUGCAAGCCAAGCAUUAUUCACAGAGAUGUAAAGGGCUCCAAUAUUUUGUUGAAUGACCAAAUGGAAGCAAAAAUAGCAGAUUUUGGGUUGUCAAGGAUGGGACCAUUGGAUGGAGCUACACACGUAUCUACCCUUGUAAAGGGUACCAUUGGAUAUCUAGAUCCAGAAUAUUAUACUACAAAUCGAUUGACAGAAAAGAGUGAUGUUUAUAGCUUUGGAGUUUUUUUGAUGGAGAUUAUUAGUGGAAAACAUCCUCACUUUGUAGAUGAUUCAACAUCUAACAGUGAACACAUACAAAUCACUAAUUGGGUAAGGGCAUCCCUAUUAAAUGAUGGCAUAGAGAACAUUGCAGAUCCUAAUUUACUUGAAAAUUAUGAUAAAGAUGCAAUGUUGAAAGUGGCAAAUUUGGCAAUGGUUUGUACUUCACCUCAUUCUAAGAAUAGGCCUACAAUGAAUGAGGUGGUGUUAGAGUUAAAGGAAGCACAUCACUACUCAAAUGUGGAAUUCCAUGAAAUUGCAUCCUCUCAUUCUCAUCCUUCUUUACAAAGCUCUCAUAAUGUGGACUCAGAUGUGUCAUUAUAUUCAGUUGGUAGAUGAGGUAGAGGAAGAUGUUACAAAAUGGGCAAGGGAACACUCACAAGAAACCAAAAUAGCAGUAAUGAAAUCCUACCUCUAUUGUGGCUUAUUUCAUUUUAUUCACAUCAAUAGCCUA